AUGGAGGCUGAGAAGAAGCUUGAUGUUGAGAAGGACCCGGAGGUUGAGAAUGGCAAGGUGGAGGUUUAUCUUCAGGGUCAAAGUGGCGUUUCUCUUGCAAGGCUGUAUCCUAUUCAAAGAGCGAAGAAACGACAGCAGGAUGCAGUGAGUUAUGAUGAUGUGCAUAUGAACUUCAAUUGGGAAGAGGGAACUUUACUGGAUCCUUUCCAUUAUGAUCUCCUCCCGGAAGGAAUGCUGGAGACGGACAACAACCUCACUGCGAUAGGCUACAGUUGGGAAGACCAGAGUAUUGAAGAACACUGUCAAGAUUCUAGAAGAAAUGAAAGUCUCCAACUACAUCAAAGAACACAUACCGGAGAGAAACCCUAUGAAUGUAACAAGUGUGGUAAGGCUUUUUCAAAACAUAGUACUCUCCAAAUUCACGAAAGAAUUCAUACUAGAGAAAAACUCCUCAAAUGUAAUCAGUGUGAUAAAGCCUUUUCACAAUACAGUCAUCUCCAAAUUCAUAAAAGAAUUCAUAGUUGGAAAAAACCCUACAAAUGUAGUCAAUGUGAUAAAGCCUUUUCACUAUACAGUCAUCUCCAAAUUCAUAAAAGAAUUAAUUGUGGAAAAAAACCCUACAAAUGUAAAAAAUGUGAUAAAGCCUUUUCACAACACAGUCAUCUCCAAAUUCAUCAACGAACACAUACUGGAGAGAAACACUACAAAUGCAGUCAAUGUGAUAAAGCCUUUGAGUAUCCUAGUAGUCUCCGAAUACAUCAAAGAACCCAUACUGGAGAGAAACCCUAUGAAUGUAAUCAGUGUGGUAAAGCCUUUUCAAAAACAAGUCAUCUCCAAGUUCAUAAAAGAUUUCAUACUGGAGAAACACCCUACAAAUGUAAUCAAUGUGAUAAAGUAUUUUCAUAUCGUUCUCUCCUUCAAAGGCAUGAAAGAGUUCAUACAGGAGAGAAACCUUACAAAUGUAAUCAAUGUGAUAAAGCUUUUUCGCAAAACAAUAGUUUGCAAAUACAUAAAAGAACACAUACUGGAGAGAAACCCUUCAAAUGUAAUCAGUGUGAUAAGGCCUUUUCACAACAUAGUAGUCUCCACAUCCAUAAAAGAUCACAUACUAGAAAAACAACCUACAAAUGUGAUCAAUGUGAUAAAGCCUUUGCAUGUCACAGUAAACUCCAAAUACAUAAAAUGACACAUACUGGAGAGAAACCUUACAAAUGUAACCAAUGUGAGAAAGCUUUCAUACAGCACCAUGAUCUUCAAAGGCAUGAAAGAAUUCAUACUGGAGAGAAACCCUACAAAUGUAAUCAAUGUGAUAAAUCAUUUUUAUAUCGCCCUCAUCUUCAAAGGCAUGAAAGAAUUCAUACAGGGGAGAAACCCUACAAAUGUAAUCAAUGUGGUAAAGCUUUUUCGCAACACAGUAGUAUGCAAAUACAUAAAAGAACACAUACUGGAGAGAAACCUUACAAAUGUAAUCAAUGUGAUAAAGCCUUUUCACAAUGCAGUCAUCUCCAAGUUCAUAAAAGAAUUCAUACCGGAGAAAAACCCUACAAAUGUAGUCAAUGUGAGAAAGCCUUUACACAUGGCCGUGAUCUUCGAAGACAUGAAGGAAGUCAUACUGGAGAGAAACCAUACAAACGUAAUCGAUGUGAUAAAGCAUUUUCACAUCACCGUGAUCUUCAAAGGCAUGAAAGAGUUCAUACAGGAGAGAAACCCUACAAAUGUAAUCAAUCUGAUAAAGCUUUUUUGCAACACAAUAAUUUGCAAGUACAUAAAAGAAUACGUACUGGACAGAAACCCUAUGAAUGUAAUCAGUGUGGUAAGGCCUUCUCACGCCAUAGUAAUUUCCAAAUCCAUAAAAGAAUACAUACUGGAGAAACACCUUACAGAUGUGAUCAAUGUGAUAAAGUCUUUGCAUGUCACAGUAAACUCCAAAUACAUAAAAUGACACACACUGGAGAAAAACCCUAUAAAUGUAAUCAGUGUGAGAAAGCCUUUUCACAUCACCGUGAUCUUCAAAGGCAUGAAAAAAUUCAUACUGGAAAGAAACCCUACAAAUGUAAUCAAUGUGAUAAAUCAUAUUUAUAUCACACUUAUCUUCAAAGGCAUGUAAGAGUUCAUACAGGAGAAAAACCCUACAAAUGUAAUCAAUGUGGUAAAGCUUUUUCGCAACACAAUAGUAUGCAAAUACAUAAAAGAACACAUACUGGAGAGAAACCCUACAAAUGU